AUGGUUCUGGAGUGGCACUUGGCCGAAGAACCCGUAGGCAAAAUUUUGACGCUGGAGCUUGCUCAGUUCCUGGAUCCAAAUCGUCAUGAUCACAAUAUACAAUGGCUUCUGCAUUGUAAACUACGCUCUGUUCGCCAGCCGCCGCUUCUGGUCGCUUACAACAGCAAAGGAACCAAAACAGAGAUGAAGAUUCUGCUGUGGCUUCAGUUGGCUGAGACGUUGAUGAUGGAGCAGCAGCGAUGCAUCCGAAACAGAGGAUAA